AUGUCCAAUAAUGACCCUGCGUUACCUAAAACAGGUGAAAAAAGACCAAUAUGUGCAGAAGAUUCUUUUGAACAAGUUGAGCUUGUCAGAGAUGUGGUUGGAAUAACCAUGCAAAAUGAUCUCAACCACCCCCAGCAGACGGAGAUAACUCAGCAGUCUCCUUUGAAACUGCAGAAGAUAUCCGAGCCUGGCGCUGGAAGUGCUGCUGGGAAAUCUGCUUUGGAACGAGGUCAAACUACACCACUCGACGCCGGUAUGCCCAGUGGAAGUAGACCAUCUCCUCCCCUGUGCGGUAUACCUCCUACAAUGCUUCAAGAUGAAAUGGAGCUCCGAUGCAACUUGACUACCGAAAUAAAUGUCCAGAGAAUGAAGCAUCGCAAUCUUGCUGCAGGGCCUCUGCGCAACAUCGUGAAACUACUAAUGAAAGCCAGGGCUGAACGCCCAGCCCCUGAAUCGAAAAUUGAUGGAUCGAGUGCUAUGCCAUUGAGUGACGAGUGGCGUGAAGAGGAUGACCUCAUGGAAGUUGCAACAGUCAAGCUUGAGAAGGGUGGCCGAUGCUCUCGUGCUCUUCUCAGUCGCUUUGAGAACUUCUUGUAUGGCCCAUUGAUGAGCUCCGAGGAGAAGAAGAUGCAAGAGCGUAUCAUGUGCGUUGAAGAGUGUUUGUCAAGUGCAUCAGCGCCUCCGACAUCCGAUCACAACUACCUGUUCCUCCAUCGCCUUAAAAGGAUCAUACUUCAUCCCGAUGCCUAUGGCUUGGACGAGAAAGACUCACGCAUCGGCUUCCUUUGCAACCAGCUUCUUGCAGCUAUAGCGACCAACUCGAAGUUGACUCCUUCGAACCGCAAGAAAUUUGCAGAGCUUCUAGACCCAGAUGGAGAGAUUGCCAAUGUCAGUGCAGAUAAUCCAGGUGUUAAAGCAGAAACUCCAAUCUCAACAAGGAAGGCGUCACCCAAGCCCACCUCUGCACGCGUGCAUUCCUCACACACGACAGAAACACCUUCAAGAACGAUGGCAACACGCCAAAAAAGCUCUGUCACCUCUCUGUCUCCUUCGCCACCCCAUCCUCCUCCUCUCCCCUCUCGUUCUUCAACUUUAUCACUAACAUCUAUUGAAUCAAUUGAUCUAACCGAUGACGCCAUGUCAUCGUCCUCUCCUUUCAUCGUAAAGCGUACGCCCAAGAAGCAUGUCGCUUCUGACAGCCAAUCGUCGCAAUCCAACAACACUGCGUCAUCUUCCAUGGAGCCGUUGCCCAAGAAACGUCCUGCUUCGGAUGGCCAGUCAAAUGACAUGAUCGCUCCGGCUCCUAAGCGUGCUGCCUCUGGCCGCCGCUCAUCGAAUCUCAACAACAUCAUCGCCCCACCUCAUAAGCGCUCUGCUUCUCGCACCCAGUCAUCGCAGCCUAACUACACCAUCCCUCAGGUUCCAAAGCCUGUUUCUUCUAGCAGCCAAUCUCUUAAUUCCGAAGCGCCGAAGAAACUCUGGAGCAUUUUUCUUCUUAAAUGUGGUCUACUCCUCCCAGCUCUUGAUCUGGACCAACUGACGGUAUCUUUCAACGUGGCUGUGAAUCACGGCAAGCUCGCACCUAACGUUAUUGAUCCAAUACUCGGUUUCUGCCUUGCAGUCGCAAGCCACCUCACUCUUGAACGGAGUCUUUGGGAGGGCCGUAAAUGGAACGAUGCCGCUCUAUCCACACUGAGGAGGGAAGAAAAUACCCCCUCGCUUCAAUACUUCCACCGACGGAUCCUUCAAAUCGAGUAUGUUCAUAUGGUUGGAUAUCUGGAAAAGGGCUGGGAAAUCUUAUCUCUCGCUAUCAGCAAAGCAGAAUAUCUUCAGAUGCACACGAUGCAUGGUGGAUGCCUCGCCGUUGACAAAAAGUCGCUGGAGCAGGUUCGGGUGAUAUGGCAGUCUCUCUGGAUGAAGAAACUAUCUCUCGCUCUCCAGCUUGGUAUUGUCAAUCAAUACCUCGAUGUUUUCCACUUCUCACCAAUGCCGAUGCAGUCGCAGAUGCAGGAGACCAUGGAAAUAUAUGGUGGCAGACAAUCAUUCGUGGCGUCGUCUUUCUUCAUUGCUUCUGCCACUCUUUUGAAGAACACUGAUGACCUGAUCAGCGUUGAAAACAAUCUACGUGUGACUCGCAUGGAAUGUCCAAUCAAAUGGUUUUCCACCUUGGACCUGCGUCCUUUCCAAGACUUGAAUGAAAGUUUGUCUAGCUGGAACAAUUGUUUACCCAAUUGCCUGGAAUGGAAGGGAGCUACCGUCGAAUUUGCUAUCGAGAAGGACCCCAUCGUCCGCCGCAUGUCCCUUCUGGCCCACGUACGUUAUGCCUACUUCCGACUUCGACAGCACCGGCCUUUCUUGAUACUAGCCUUGCGACUUUCCAAUGCGUGUGCCUGUGAAAAUAAUCCGCACAUGACCGGCAAGGAGAUGGAUUCGAUCAACUCCUCUCUUCUUCUCGCCCUGGUGUAUCAUGGUGCUAUCAAAUGUCUCACCGCCGCCCAGGACGUUGUCAAAACUCUCUCUAUUUCCUACGAAAAGGAGAAUGACGAUCAUGCUAAGUGCGAGCAGCUAGACUAUCUCUACGCUUCUGGCCUUGUUUUGAUCGCGGCGAUGCGGAUACCUUGUCUAAUGGAUGGGACCCAGCACUGUGCAUCUCCCACAGCCGCAGUCGAUAGAUCGAUCAGUAUGAUUGCGAAGGAUUUGCGGCGGGUUGAACAACUGCUUCGAUGUUAUCAGGAACGGUGCGAACAGGCAACAAAACUGAAGCUCCGUGUUCAGCGCUGUCGUGAUGCCAUUGCGAUUAUCCGCUUGCAAUCCGUAUCUUCGGAUUGUCUGAUCACGGACCAUGAGAUUACAUUCCAUCGGAAUGUAUGGCUACGGAUCUAUGAUCGAUUAGGCUUGGACCUCCCAUUCCCGAGGUUUUGCAAUGGCCGGGCCGCUAAUGAUAAGAGUGCUGGCCGUCGAAUGACCUUCGGUUGGCUUGAAAGCCUGCCAUUUGAUCUGGACAGCCAAGGUGAGUAA